AUGGAACUUUUGGGAUUACAGACGACGGACCAGAGCCUGUAUGUGUCUGCUACGUCUCGAGGGGAAGUGUUGGAACGCGUACUAGCGUCACCCCCGCGCCGCUACUGGCGAGACGACCAGACAGGUUGCCUAACCUAGAAGCUUGUAACCGCCGUCCUGUCCCCGCGCGCCACACCACAGAAUGAAGUCAGUCCACACGCGCGCGGAUCGCGGAACGCGGAAGCCUGAUCUACACCUGUAGCCUAUCUACCAUCCAUGUACAUGGUACUCAAUAAACUGUUCUGAACCGAAGACCACUGCGAGUUGAAUUGCUCUGCUUACCUAUCCUCAACAAUUAUUAUUAAUAUAUUAUAUU